UGCGAUCCAGAGGCUCUGGGGGCGGCAGCAGCGGUGGCAGCUGGCACCUCUCGCUGCCUCUGUCCAGGGGGUCUCGGGGCUUCGAGAUGCUUUCUGGCUGCCCCCUGGCCAGUCCGCAAAACCGCGGGCGCUGCUGGUAGGUGAGGAGGGGGCUGGCUAGACUGCAGGCUCCCCUGCCCGGAAUGCUUUCACUCGGCGGCUUCAGCCAGGGCCGCUCUAGUGCCUGGGAGUGAACUCCGAGGAACCAAGACGUCGUGACAGCAAGGACGCUGCAAACUUGCGCGCGGAGGCAGCCGGAGCCUCCUCUCCGCAACGCAGAGCUCGCGUUCACGCCCAGAAGUUCACCGGCCAGGGUGAUCCGAAGACUUCCUGCCGCGGAGGUCACUUGAGGGGGAGCUAGGAAGCAGCCCCCUCCGUUGGCCCUUGCCCAGACCUGGAAAGGGGCGCAGAGGAGGUGGCAGGAGCGGAGGAUGUGCGCAAGACGGUGAGCAGCCCGGAGCCACGGUGAGCAGCCUGGAAAGUUGCAGGAAAUUGGAGGCUGAGAGGAAGGCUCCGGUCGCCGAGGGCUCCUUGAACGGUAUCUGCUUGCCACCUCCCCGCAACCGUAGUAGUUUCUCUGGUCUCUGAGCAAAGGCCUCUACAAACGGCGCGGCGCGGGGAGAGGGGCAGGGUCCAGCUGUUGAGCCCAGGCUGUCUCGCCUUCUCCGAACUCGCCCCUGACUUUCAUAUCGGUUUUGCUGAGAACCCUUCUCGCCUCCUUGCAGCUUAGGAAAAGCAGCGGGAGGAGGAUAGAGCGUGCGUACGCACAAUCCCUCGGAUCAAGUGGAAGGAACCGUUCAGGACCAAGGACUGUUUGGAGCCUCUGCCUGUCUUGGGCGGAGUGAAGGGCGAGGCUGAUCCAUCAAGGGAAGGGAGUCUAGUCUAAACUAGCCCUCCGGAGGGAUGGGAGCCCUUGGGCUCCUGUGGCUGUUGCCGCCGCUGCUUUUGGCAGCAGCCUCGGACUCCGGAGCUGCGACCGACCAGCGCGCGGGCUCCCCAGCCUCAGGGCCGCCCCUGCAGCCCCGGGAGCCGCUCAGCUACUCGCGCCUGCAGAGGAAGAGUCUGGCCGUGGACUUCGUGGUACCCUCGCUCUUCCGCGUCUAUGCUCGAGACCUGCUGCUGCCGCAGCCGCCGUUCCCCUCGGAGCCCGGGGCUGGCGGGCUGGAGGCGCGGGGAUCGCUGGCCCUGGAUUGCGCCCCUCUGCUCAGGCUGCUGGGGCCACCGCCUGGGGUCUCCUGGGCAGAGGGAGCCGGCUCGCCAAGUCCGGAGGCGGGUCCGACGCUGUCCAGGGUCCUGAAGGGCGGCUCGGUGCGCAAGCUCAGGCGUGCCAAACAGCUGGUGCUGGAGCUGGGCGAGGAGGCGAUCCUUGAAGGAUGCAUUGGACCCCCGGAGGAAGCGGCGGCUGUGGGGAUACUCCAGUUUAACCUCAGUGAGCUGUUCAGCUGGUGGAUUCUCCACGGCGAAGGGCGGCUGAGGAUCCGCCUGAUGCCUGAGAAAAAGGCAUCAGAAGUGGGCAGGGAGGGAAGGCUAUCCACAGCGAUCCGUGCCUCCCAGCCCCGCCUUCUCUUCCAGAUCUUCGGGACUGGUCACAGUUCUUUGGAGUCAGCCUCAGGAAUGCCUUCUCCUCCUGAUAACUUUGUAUGGAAUCUGACCUGGACAAUGAAAGACUCUUUUCCUUUCCUGUCUCACCGCAGUCGAUAUGGUCUGGAGUGCAGCUUUGACUUCCCCUGCGAGCUAGAAUAUUCUCCACCCCUCCACAAACAUGGGAACCAGAGCUGGUCCUGGCGCCGUGUACCCUCUGAGGAGGCCUCGAAGAUGGACUUGUUGGGUGGGCCAGAGGCGGAACAUUCUAAAGAGAUGCCUAGAGGCUCCUUCCUCCUCCUGAACACCUCGGCAGAUUCUAAGCAUACCAUUCUGAGCCCGUGGAUGAGAAGCAGCAGUGAGCGCUGCACACUGGCUGUCUCAAUGCACAGACAUCUACAGCCCUCCGGGAGAUAUGUUGCCCAACUACUGCCCCACAAUGAAGCUGGAAGAGAGAUUCUUCUGGUGCCUACCCCAGGGAAGCAUGGCUGGACAGUGCUGCAUGGAAGAAUUGGGCGCCCACAGAACCCAUUUCGAGUGGCCCUGGAAUACAUCUCCAGCGGAAACCGGAGCUUGUCUGCAGUGGAUUUCUUUGCCCUGAAGAACUGCAGUGAAGGAACAUCCCCAGGCUCCAAGAUGGCCUUGCAGAGUUCCUUUACUUGUUGGAAUGGAACAGUUCUCCAGCUUGGGCAAGCCUGUGACUUCCAUCAUGACUGCGCCCAAGGAGAAGAUGAGGGCCAGCUAUGCAGGAAACUUCCUGCUGGUUUUUACUGUAACUUUGAGGAUGGCUUCUGCGGCUGGACCCAAGGCUUACUCUCACCCCAUAUGCCUCGGUGGCAAGUGAGGACCCUAAAGGAUGCCCAUUACCAGGACCACCAAGGUCGUGCCUUGUUGCUCAGCACCACUGACGUCCUCACUUCGGAAAGCGCAACAGUGACCAGUGCUACAUUCCCCGCACCAAUGAAGAACUCUCCCUGUGAGCUCCGGAUGUCCUGGCUCAUCCGUGGGGUUUUAAGAGGAAAUGUAUCCUUGGUGCUGGUGGAGAACAAAACUGGGAAGGAACAAAGCCGAACAGUCUGGCAUGUUGCCACCAACGAAGGCUUAAGCCUGUGGCAGUGGACCGUGUUGUCACUCCUCGAUGUGACUGACAGGUUCUGGCUGCAGAUAGUCACGUGGUGGGGUCCAGGAUCUGGGGCAACAGUGGCAUUUGACAACAUCUCCAUCAGCCUCGACUGCUACCUCACCAUCAGUGGCGAGGAUAAAGUGACCCCGAAUGCAGCACCCAAAUCCCGAAAUCUGUUUGAGAAAAACCCACACAAGGAGCCAAAAUCUUGGGCAAACAUAUCAGGACCGACUCCCAUCUUCGACCCUACAGUUCACUGGCUGUUCACCACCUGUGGGGCCAGUGGGCCUCAUGGCCCCACACAGGCACAGUGCAACAAUGCCUACCAGAACUCCAACUUGAGCGUGGUGGUGGGAAGCGAAGGGCCCUUGAGGGGCAUCCAGAUUUGGAAAGUGCCGGCUACUGAUACCUACAGCAUCUCGGGCUAUGGAGCAGCUGGUGGGAAAGGCGGGAAGAACACCAUGAUGCGGUCCCACGGCGUGUCUGUCCUGGGCAUCUUCAACCUGGAGAAGGAUGACACGCUGUACAUCCUUGUCGGCCAGCAAGGGGAGGAUGCCUGUCCCAGGGCAAACCAACUAAUCCAGAAGGUCUGUGUCGGCGAGAACAACGUGAUCGAAGAAGAGAUUCGUGUGAACAGAAGCGUGCACGAGUGGGCAGGAGGCGGAGGAGGCGGGGGUGGAGCCACCUACGUGUUUAAGAUGAAAGAUGGAGUGCCUGUGCCCCUGAUCAUUGCAGCUGGUGGCGGUGGCAGGGCCUACGGGGCCAAGACAGACACGUUCCACCCAGAGAGACUGGAGAAUAACUCCUCAGUUCUAGGGCUGAACGGAAAUUCCGGAGCCGCAGGUGGUGGAGGCGGCUGGAAUGAUAACACUUCCUUGCUCUGGGCCGGAAAGUCUUUGCUGGAGGGUGCCGCUGGAGGACAUUCCUGCCCCCAGGCCAUGAAGAAGUGGGGGUGGGAGACAAGAGGGGGUUUCGGAGGGGGUGGAGGGGGGUGCUCCUCAGGUGGAGGAGGCGGAGGAUAUAUAGGCGGCAACGCAGCAUCAAACAAUGACCCCGAAAUGGAUGGGGAAGAUGGGGUUUCCUUCAUCAGUCCAUUGGGUAUCCUGUACACCCCGGCCUUAAAAGUGAUGGAGGGCCAUGGGGAAGUGAACAUCAAGCAUUAUCUAAACUGCAGUCACUGUGAGGUAGACGAAUGCCACAUGGACCCCGAGAGCCACAAAGUCAUCUGCUUCUGUGACCAUGGGACAGUGCUGGCUGAAGACGGUGUCUCCUGCGUUGUGUCGCCCACCCCGGAACCCCACCUGCCACUCUCACUGAUCCUCUCUGUCGUGACUUCUGCCCUGGUGGCUGCCCUCGUUCUGGCAUUCUCCGGCAUCAUGAUUGUGUACCGCCGGAAGCACCAGGAGUUGCAGGCUAUGCAGAUGGAGCUGCAGAGCCCUGAGUACAAGCUGAGCAAGUUACGGACCUCGACCAUCAUGACCGACUACAACCCCAACUACUGCUUUGCUGGAAAGACUUCAUCCAUCAGUGACCUGAAGGAGGUGCCACGGAAGAACAUCACCCUCAUUCGGGGCCUAGGCCAUGGCGCAUUUGGGGAGGUGUAUGAAGGCCAGGUGUCUGGAAUGCCCAAUGACCCAAGCCCUCUACAAGUGGCUGUAAAGACGCUGCCGGAAGUAUGUUCAGAACAAGAUGAGUUGGAUUUCCUCAUGGAAGCUCUGAUCAUCAGCAAAUUCAACCACCAGAACAUUGUUCGCUGUAUUGGAGUGAGUCUGCAAGCCCUGCCCCGCUUCAUCCUGCUGGAGCUCAUGGCCGGUGGAGACCUCAAGUCCUUCCUCAGGGAGACGCGCCCACGCCCGAACCAGCCCACCUCCCUGGCCAUGUUGGAUCUUCUGCACGUGGCUCGGGACAUUGCCUGCGGCUGUCAGUACCUGGAGGAAAAUCACUUCAUCCAUCGGGAUAUUGCUGCCAGAAACUGUCUUCUAACCUGUCCAGGAGCUGGAAGAAUAGCAAAGAUUGGAGACUUUGGGAUGGCCCGAGACAUCUACAGGGCCAGCUACUACAGAAAGGGGGGCUGUGCCAUGCUUCCCGUGAAGUGGAUGCCCCCAGAAGCCUUCAUGGAAGGAAUAUUUACUUCGAAAACAGACACAUGGUCUUUUGGAGUGUUGCUGUGGGAAAUAUUUUCUCUCGGGUAUAUGCCAUACCCCAGCAAAAGCAACCAGGAAGUUCUGGAGUUUGUCACCAGUGGAGGACGGAUGGACCCACCUAAGAACUGCCCCGGGCCUGUAUAUCGGAUAAUGACUCAAUGCUGGCAGCAUCAGCCUGAAGACAGACCCAACUUCGCCAUCAUUUUGGAGAGGAUUGAAUACUGCACCCAGGACCCAGAUGUCAUCAACACAGCUUUACCCAUAGAAUACGGCCCAGUGGUGGAAGAGGAGGAGAAAGUGCCCAUGCGCCCCAAAGACCCCGAGGGGAUGCCUCCCCUGCUGGUGUCUCCUCAGCCUGCGAAGCAAGAGGAGGCGCCCGCGGCCCCCCAACCCGCAGCCCUGGCCGCGCCAGGCCCCUUGGUGAAGAAGCCGCCGGGUGCGAGCGCGGGGGUGGGGGCGGGGGCGGAGGCGGGGGCGGGCCGGGUGGCCCGAGGGACGGCCGAUCGGGGCCACGUGAACAUGGCCUUCUCUCAGCCCAACCCUCCCCCGGAGCUGCAGAAAGGCCCGGGCUCCAGAAACAAGCCGACCAGCCUGUGGAACCCCACCUACGGCUCGUGGUUCACGGAGAAGCCGGCCAAAAAGACCCAUCCCCCGCCGGGCGCGGAGCCGCAAGUGCGCGCAGGAGCGGUCGAGGGGGGCUGGACCGGGCCGGGCACGGGUCCCCGCAGACCCGGAGCCGCGCUGCUGCUCGAACCGUCCGCUCUGAGCGCCACCAUGAAGGAGGUGCCCCUGUUCAGGCUGCGCCACUUCCCCUGCGGCAACGUCAACUACGGUUACCAACAACAGGGUCUCCCCUUGGAAGCCUCCGCUGCCCCCGGGGACACCUUGCUGAAAAGCAAGAGCAAGGCCACCCAGCCGGGGCCCUGAGUCCUGCCCCACACUAGCUUCUCCCCCUGGUGGAGUCGGAGCCCAACUGGAGGGAGACGGACAGAAUGGCUCCACCGCAAACCACAGACCAAAUGUCACUUUCAUUUUGUGCCAACUUGUUUUGAAGUGCCACACAGAAAGAGAGAAAGAAGGAAGGAAGGAAGAAAAAGAAGUGAAGAAGAAAGAAACAACAAAGAAACGAAGAAAGAGACAAAGAGAAAGAAAGAAACUAAAGAAAGAAAAAAAGAAAACUUGUAUUUUUAAGAUGUGUUAGUUUUCGAGCAUGGGUUCAUCUAUCCUUUCAAAAGAAGAAAAUACCAUUUUUUUUUUAAAAAAAAAGCGAUCAGUACAAGGCCCGGAUUGGUUGCGUGAAGUUUUCUUGCAUGGUCCGCUGUACAGUUCCCUGAGGCUUCUUUCCAAUUUUGUGUGCUCUCUGCUUCCGUUUAGUCAGAAGUGCUGCUUCUGUGUCUCAUGGGGGAGCGGUAGCUGUCUCCCUGCCUUGUGGAUCUGGACCAUUUGAGGGGCGAGGGAACAGAGACAAAGGAUUUCAUUUCAAUGACGCAGCAUGGGGAGAGAUGAUAGUUACUUGGGAAAGAAGAAUCAUAAGCUGAUUUCGCUGUGGGUGGUGGUUAGAGGCUUUUAAUUGUUCAAACUCAUUGCCUAUUGUAAAAAAAAAAAAAAAAAUGUCGUGAAUAGUUCGUAGUGUAGCGGGGAAAUGUGUAUAUAUUCACCUAAGCGAAACGCGUCCAUCUCAAGUGCUCUGCAUAGGAAGACACACCAGUAGAGAUCCAGCAGCCCCACGGCCUGCCAACAUACCUCAUGCCUUAAGAAAAUCUUCCUAAAGAACACCGAGGGUGAGGUUUCCUACUGGAUUUAAAACUCAAGAUCGAGAUUACUUUCGAACCUUCCAUUAAUUCUGAUCUGACCACUUUUUAAAAAAAAUUAAGUAGCAGCCACACAUAGAAGCGUGGGAAGAUACCCAUUUGUAGACACGUAUGUCAAUACAUCUCGAGGCCCAAACCUUCCCACCCCGGAGUCCCUCCCCUCGAGGAAGACUUGGCCCAUUGGAGGAACAGGACUUCCGGUGGCCUAGACUCUGGUCCGUCCUUCCCCAGGUCCCCAAACUUUCUCUCCCUUAGCCAUGAGAUCCUGGGAGGUUGGGAACACAUAUGAUGAGAUACUCAGAGCAUAACUUACACAGGUCCUAAAUGCAGACUGCGACAAAGCGUUUGCGACGAAGGCUUGCUCGGAGAGUUGGGGUUAACGCUGUGUGUUCAGCGAGUGUUCUGAACCUGGUUUUCACGGAUGAAAUUUAUUUCUAUGAAAUGGAAUCGGGAACCCAUUAAAUUUUAUACACGUGCUUAUGCAAUGCUGAGUUUUUCCGUAUGUUUUCAUUUCCCUUUUCUCUGCUUCUGUAUUUUCACAUCCAGUUUGUCCCUGGUGGUAGCUGUGAUGAAGCAUCUUCUUGGGGUAUAAAGCAUUUUUGAUACUUGCUAGGUACAAAACAUUUCCAAACAUAGGGACUGUGUGUGUGUGUGUGUGUGUGUGUGUGUGUGUGUGUGUGCACGCGUGCGCGCGCUUUCCACCUUCUCCAUUCUGUCCACUGCAGAAGCGUCACUCUGAGUACAGGAGAGCCAUUAAACUGAGUAUAGGAGAGCCAGAAAACUGUUCAGUCUCCAUAAGGCAGUUAGUUACCUGGCCCUCUGGUUCUGGACAUCUAAGGAUUCUCUGGUACACCCCAGGGACUUGUUUUCCAUAACUUUCCCAAACAUUUCCCAUGGACUGUCCCUAAAGCUGGAAGGCAGAUGUGUAGCUGUGCGGAUAACAGUUCUGAAAAGCAUUGUCGGUUCUGGUUUGUGCCAGUCCUUUCGGCUCCAGUUUUGAUGCGAAGACGGUCACACGAUCAAAACACCUUGAUGCAAAAACAGUCACACAAUCAAAACACCCCGUUCCAGCUCACAGACCACCCAGAGGGGUCCCAGAGCCUUGCUCUGAGAAACUGUCCUAAAGGUUGAUGCCAGAGAUGUUGCCAGUGACCGGGAAAAUAGCUUCCUUUCCUAACUAUAAUGCCACCAACCAACUAGGCAGGCAGGGUGCCGAGCGGCUAAGGAGCUAACUCUGCUGUUAGUGGGGGCAGGGACUCUUGCCCCUCUUUCCACCCUGAAAAACCACAGAUUCAGGUUGUGCCUUACUACCACUGAUAACGGAUUUGUUGCUUUUCUCUGAUCGUCUGUAUUGGUAUCAAUGUUCAUGUAAAUGAUGGUCAAACCUUCAAGCCUGUACACACGGAUAAGUAAAUAAACAACUCCACGCUGA